CCCCAAAGGCAAAACAUUCCCCCAAAUCAAAACAUUCCCCCAAAUCGAGCCUAAAUUUCGCGAGCAGCAGCAGCAGCAGCUGGCACAGGACCAAGGACGGAGCCACGAUGAACGGAUUGCCCCCCAGCAAGCACUACAACCUGACGCACUACCAGCAGCGCUACAACUGGGACUGCGGCCUCUCCUGCAUCAUCAUGAUUCUGUCGGCACAGCAGCGGGCCGAGCUGCUGGACAACUUCGAGGCGGUUUGCCGCGAGGAGGGCUUCGGCUCGAGCACCUGGACCAUUGACCUGUGCUACCUGCUGCUGCGCUACCAGGUGCGCCACGAGUACUUCACCCAGACGCUGGGCAUCGAUCCCAACUAUGCCCAGCACACCUACUACUCCAAGAUCAUUGACAAGGACGAGCGGCGCGUGACGCGCAAGUUCAAGGACGCCCGGGCUCAUGGCCUGCGUGUGGAGCAGCGCACAGUUGGCAUGGAGGUCAUACUGCGUCAUCUGGCGCGUCAUGGUCCGGUCAUAUUGCUAACGAAUGCCUCUGUGCUCACCUGUGAGGUGUGCAAGCGUAAUGUUUUGGAGAAAUUUGGCUGUUUUUACGUUCAAUGCAUCGCCCCAAAAACACGCAUGCCGGACCACCAAAGGUACGCUGGACACUAUGUGGUGCUCUGCGGCUAUGACAUGGCCGCCGAGAAGCUCUUCUACCACAAUCCCGAGGUUCACGAUGGCCACAUUUGUCGCUGCCUAAUCGAGUCCAUGGACACGGCCCGACGAGCCUAUGGCACCGACGAGGACAUCAUCUUCAUCUAUGAGAAGAAGGCCACCACGAGCGAAUAAAGGAAGGAGACAGUGAAGGAGGAUGGAGUCGGGAGUCUGCUCCAAGCAAUGUAGUACCUGCAGUUUUGCCAGGUUGCCAAAAGGAGAAAGUCGCGAAUGGGAUCUGAGCUAUGUGAUAUUAGUUACGUUAGAUGAAGCGAAGAAAGACGAGGAGUUGUAGGAAUGGUUGGGAUCUAUGAAUUGGAACUGGAAGCUGCUUUGCUGGGCUGCUGCUAAUUGGUUAACUUUGGCACAACAGUGUACUUUAUUUAGGUAUUUUGUUAGCAGUUGGUCCCCAUAAAAAACAACAAUUACAACAAUGUUUAUAUGUAAAGCCAGGGUCGUUUUUUUGCAACAAAAAACAGCUGCAGGCUACGGAUAAUAUUUGUUUUAUAUGUCUUGUUUUAGUUAAGAAAGGAAGACAGAUUUUUACUAAAAAAAACGUGUCAAGUCUACGGAUAA